AUGCAUUUUUUCAAGAUGAAUUAUCUGCUUACUGAAGGGGCCGUGCUCAAGCUUCAUGAAGAACAAAAAGAAGAUAUACCCGAUCUAGUUCUUCAAGUCCUUUCUCUCAAACCAGUUGGAGUUCCCAAUGCUAGAGCAGCUACUGCCGGACCUCAACGAUGGAGACUCAUGAUUUCAGAUGGAGUUCAUUUUAUUACUGCUAUGCUUUCAACCCAACUUAAUCAUUUGAUAGAUGAAGGAAUGUUGCAAAGGAUGUGUAUUGUCAAACUACCCAGUUAUACCAUCAAUAUGGUAGGAGAACGUCGAGUGGUGGUUUUAUUGACUGUAGAAGUGAUCGAUAGUACUUGUACCAAAAAGAUUGGUAAUCCUACAGCAUGUGGCGCACCAGAGGAUGGAGCGGCUCGUCCUGUAGUCGCCAAACCUGAACCCACAACUGAAGAUACUGAACCGACGAUAACUCCUUCUAAACCUAGUGUGCCAAACUCUAAUGCCAAACCAUCGAUGAACUCUUCUAAUCGUCAAGUCGGACCUUAUGUGAUCCCGAUCAUGGAUCUAAGUCCUGAUUCCAAUAAGUGA